AUGCCCUCCCAGCCAAGGAAUGUGGGGGACUUGGAGAAAAUUAUUGAAGUAGAUCAAUCCGAACCACAAAUAAAACAGUCGGAGGUACCAACGCAGAAAACUCAAACUAAUCCAGAUCAGACUGUAAGAUCGUCGGAAGACGAAUCACAAUCAGCUCCUAUGACGAACUUAAUUGAACAAAAAGCCGAACAGAUCCAAUUAAAGGAAGGAGGAGGAGGAGACGAGAUAGUAAAAGCCUUGAGACAAGUAGUUUCCAUGCCAAAAAUCAAAUAUAUGCACUUUGAGGGUGAUGCAAUAAAUUAUGCCUCCUUCAUGCAUAAUUUUGAGACUUGCUUAGAAAAGGACAAUCCAGAUAAUUCUACUAGACUUCAACUCCUAAUACAACAUUGCACUGGUAAAGCACGUGAUGCUAUUGAGAGUUGUGUUAACUUACCUGCCCAGGAAAGUUAUAAUAUCGCGAAGAACACACUGUAUGAAAAAUUUGGCAAACCGCACAUAAUUGCAAAGGCUCACGUUCUAAAGUUGAUGAAUUUGCCGCUAUUGAAGCAAGCAGAUGGACCAAGUUUGUUGGAGUCAACUCGACAUAUGGAAGUGGCAAACAGAACCCUUGUAUAUGGGUGA